GAGUCAUCGCAGCGCCGCGGCCGCGCCGGCACCUCGGCGGCCAUGGGGCGACACGGACGCGCGGGGCCGGGGCUAGGGUGCCCCUCCCGGCAGGGGCAACGCCUCGGGCCCCGAGGGAGCGUCCAGACAGAGCGGCUUUGUCUGCGGCCUGGCUUACUCGGGCCGGCCCGCGGCUAGAGCCGCCGCGCUGCGGUGGGCCGGGCCUCCCGCGCGGCGCCCAAAUCCCCGUCACGUGGAGAGCACCAGCCGCGGCUUUUCUUCGCUCCCUGCGCCGCGGGGAAGCACCGAGCGAGGCUGCAGGCGCGGGGAAGCACCGAGCGAGGCUGCAGGCGCGGGGAAGCACCGAGCGAGGCUGCAGGCGCGAGCUGUCGGGAGGAAUGACAGAGAAGCAUAAGGUAAUCGUUCUCUUGAGCAGGUGAACGCUGCAGCUAGAGGGUGACUAACGGGUAUGUUUUCUGUUCUGACCUGAAGGAAGAAAAUGCAGAUGAUGUUGUAUUAAACACGGGAAACCUUUCUGUAGUUAAUGUAAGGCUUUACUGAAGUUGGGUGUUUCGGUCAUGAAAGACCUGUGAACUAUUGAGAAGAAUCCCAGUGGCUGGAGAUGGAGGGCAAAAAUCUGUCUUUUAAUACAAUAAUAAUUUCAUUUGUUUGGCACCUUUUAUUCCUGUAGUGUAGUUUACUAAAUUUUGCAAAGGAAAACAAAUUGAGCCCAUGCUAAGAAUGGAGUACCAGCCCCUGCUGAGAGGGUCUAACACGCACAGCAAGUUCCCCAGCUGGACCUUGUUUCUGACUGUUUGUGCUGUUGGAAUUGGAGGGACCUUCCAGUAUGGGUAUAAUGUUUCCAUUAUCAAUGCACCCACCCAGCAUAUCCACAAGUUUUUAAAUGAAACCUGGGCUAGUCGUUAUCACAAGGAACUAAAUCCAGAUUUGCUGACUUUUCUUUGGUCUGUCAUUGCUUCUAUAUUUUCACUUGGAGGCCUGUGUGGAGCCCUUAUUGGAGGCAGCAUGGCGAUUCGGCUAGGCAGGAAAGGAGCUCUUUUGAUGAAUAAUUUUAUAGCAAUACUGGCCUCUAUUUUAAUGGGGAUCAGUUUUCCCACAGGAUUGUUUGAGUUACUGAUUGCUGGAAGGUUUUUGAUUGGCAUAAAUUCAGGUAUUGGGCUCUGUGUGCAGCCUCUGUAUCUUGGGGAGGUUGCCCCAAAACAUCUUAGAGGUGCCAUGGCCAUGGGGACUUCCAUCUUUCUGACUGGGGGGAUUCUGACAGGACAAAUAAUUGGUUUGAGGGAAUUGUUAGGUGAAGAAAAGUUUUGGCCUCUGUUGCUAUCCAGCAGCUGCUUCCCAGCAUUUGCCCAACUUUUAUUCCUGCCAUGGUUUCCUGAGAGUCCCAGAUACCUUCUUAUUGACAGAGGUGAUGAACUGAGCUGUGCCAAAGCUUUGAAGCGAUUUCAUGGUUCUUCUGAGUAUCAAAGUGAGAUGGAAGACAUACAACGGGAAUGUUUUGCCUUGGAUGGGGAGAAACCCAAGAAGCCCUGGCAAUUAUUCACUGAUUGUGGUGUGAGAUGGCAGCUCAUCACUGUGAUUGUGCUGACUAUGGGCCAACAGCUCAGUGGGAUAAAUGCUAUUUAUUUCUAUGCAACAUAUAUUUUUGAACAAGCUGGGAUCUCAGCAGAAAAAAUUCCCUAUGUGACACUUGGCACUGGAGCUUGUGAAUGCCUCACAGCCCUCACCUGUGAACUGUACUCAUGGGUGCCAUAUGUCAGCAUGACAUCUAUAUUUGCUUUCAUCUUGAGCUUUGGGUUGGGACCAGGUGGCAUAACAAAUACCCUGACAGCUGAACUAUUUAUACAGUCUUCACGUCCUGCUGCUUACAUGAUAGGAGGGACUGUUAGUUGGAUUAGUUUCUUCACAGUCGGGAUGCUUUUUCCCUUUAUAGUGAAUGGGCUGAAGCAGUAUUGUUUUCUGGUGUUCUUACUGGAGUGUGCCCUAGUUGCUGUUUUCAUCUUCCUUGUACUUCCUGAGACAAAAAAAAAGUCUUUUCUGGAAAUCAAAAAGGAAUUUAACAAGCUUAAUUUUGGAAGAAAUGCCAAACAAAAGGAAACCAAGCUUUAUGAAAGAAGACAACUCCAUGAUGAAUUUUUAAAAAACGAAAUGUAAUUUCAUAGUUGUAACAGAACUUUAAUGAGAAUUAUGAAUAGUGUCUUAUAAACUAGCAGUGUAAUGCCAUGAACAAGUAGCUUGUUAAAUCUUUCUGUGUAUUUAGAGGAAGUUUAAAGGCAAGUUAAUCUUUUUGCAAUGCCAUUAAAACAUACACUGUUUCAAAUGCUAUUAACAAUAUAUUACACUAUAUAUAGAAGAUGUGAUGUUUAGAUACAACAAUGUUGUACGGACAUAGAAAUGCCAAAACGUGUUCAAUGAUUUCCUCCCCUCGGUAGAUUUCUUCAGAUAAUUGAAGUAGCUCUCCUUUUUUUGAAGCUGCUUCUUCAGGUUUGGGUAAUCAAGCAUAUGUUAGUGCUUUACUGCAGAAGUAUUCUGAGGUGUUAAAACCCAAACAAGAACUGACCUAAUGAGAAACUGAUAUUUGAAAUAUAGUAGUUUAAAUGUAAAUUAGGUGAAAAAGGGCAACUUAAUACCCCAAAUAACUUAUUUUAAAAAUUUAAGGACAUUCCUCAUCCAGUCCUAUUACUGUUAGCUCUACAGAGACAGUACAGCACCUAAUACAGUUUAUUAGGGAGACUUGUUUCCCAAAAGGGUACUAAUAAGACAUUUAUAGGGUUUUAGUUUCUAUUUUUUUCCCUAAAAUCACAUCUUAACAUCUUGAACUGUGCAACAGGGUAGAACUACUACUGGUUUUGAAUGUCAGUUCCCAGCAGACACACAAGACUGGGGAAAGCUUGAAAGACCUGUGGGGUUGAACUUUCUGCUUCAUCGCCAACAUUUAAUCCAGGACUCUCUCAAUUUAAAGUACUUCCUAUUUUAGUAGUCAGAAAGUAAGAAAUCCUAGUAACGCAGUAUUUGUGUGCCUCUCUGAUAUUCAUUUCCACACCUGUAACUGCAAGGACACUAGUCCUGGCUUACCUGUUCCAUCUUUUCCUGGUUGUAAGCAUUUCCCGAUUCCAUCUGUUACUUAGUGCUACAGAAAGCACUGAAUGGACUUCUACAUUUAUCUUUCUUCUCUUGGACAUAAAAGUUUUAAAUAAAGAUGUAGGAAGCAAACAGCAUUUUCCUGAUUUUUGGUAACCAAAUCAGCCAUUUAAUUGAAAAUCACGUUAACUCUUAGUGGUAAAGGAGGCAGUAUCAGGAAGGGAUCUUCUUGUUCUUCAGUUUAUCCUUUAAGUUUGCAAAGUAUUUCAUUUUGGCGAGAAGCUUCUUAGCUUCUUGAAGAUCAUCUGAAAUGAAAUAAAACAUUACUAGGUUACAGAGGGAAGACUGAGAUUUGUUUUCAAAAUUAAUCUCAAUAUUUCCAAGACAACACCCAUUUCAGUACUAAGAAGUGCAAGUUGUAAGGACUCAUACACCAUGAAAACCAUAUUAUUUUCACCUGGGCUGAUUUUAUAACACUUCAACUGAGGCCAUCCACAAAACAUGUAAAAAUGUGCAGUUUAGAAAUGGGACGUGAAUAUCCCUCGAUCACUGUUCUGUAAAGUAGUUGUAGUACAGAUGUAGCCACUGGGGAAUUUUAAGUACAUAAGACAAACUGGUGAGUUUUUUGGGUUGGUGGUGGUUUUGUUUGUUUGGUUUUUUUCAAGUAUGGCAGUAAAACCAACUGCCAUCACUGAAAAAUGCAAAAGCUCUGCAGGACUCCAGUAUUGAUAGUGUCAAUUCCAAAACUGAUAUUGAAACAAUUUCUCCUUAAUUAAGUAACUGUAGGGGAAAAGCAGUUUAUCACUUCCUAGCAAGGACAGAUGCAGCACAAUCUUUAGCUCUUGUAGUAGAAAGUGGCAGAUUGUAUGCUGCAGUAUUUUGGAUGUAGGCCUAACCAGCACUACUUCACCUGUGAUGUUUUGGCAUUAUAACACACUACUACAUAAGCCUAACAACAAGGCUGUCAAACACCCAGGAAAGAAAUGUAAAGGUUUCUUCCCCAAGAAGCUAGUCUGGAAUGGCUCAAGCUCUUGUUUAUCAGAUGUUUGUGGAAUAUGGUUAUGUUUGUUAUUGUAAAGGAAUUCCCUAAAGCCAUAGGCUAAAUGGAGCAUCAGGUCUUUUCUUGCCCUACAGCUUCAGUAGUACACAGCAGAAUUGUUCCUGUCUUGACUUGUACUACAAAGAAGAGCACCUGCCACAGUAUGGACAGCUUCAAGUCUGCAGAGUAAGGUCUCCCAAAUGCAAGUUUGAAACCUCAGAAUAGGUGGUAAGUUGCAUUAAGAAAAGAGUCUGUCCUUCUAAGUAUUCUGGGAAACAAACAAACAUCUGCAUUCCCACCUGAAGCAACUGUUUCCCACUGUUUUGAUGCAAACUGAAUUACUUGAACUUUUGAUUUUGACUUUCUUUGUGUGAGGUCCUGAAUUUCCUGAAUGAGCAGAAAGGUCAGUUUAGAAGUAUUUGUUCUAAAUACCAAACAAUGAACACUUGUUUCUGCAGCAUUUCUGUUCCGUAGUUCAGGACGUAUUUGCCAGUAAGAGAGUGUGGGGUUUUUCAACACUUAUAACUGAUAGGUAAGGGGGGUAAAUACAUAGCAGAGAAAUAGCUACCUCUUUCAAAAGCUGCAGUCACCUCUUUGGUCAGCUGUUCUUCUCUAACUGCAAAACAAGUUAUUUAAUUAACUUUUGGUUACAUACUUAGUACUUUUCAUACCACUGCAUUCUGAAUGGCUGCAGUGGGAAACUUAAAUCCUAGACUCACGGUCUUUGAGGAGCCAAGAGAGUUUUUCAUAAUAUUGCUGUCAAUUUUUUUUUAACUACAGUUUCAAACAGAUACAUGUCUUUGUUUAAACAGGUUUAGAGACAGCAAUUUCACUGCAAAGUAAUGGACACUAACUUCCCAGAAACCUAAUUUUGGUGUAUCAGUUUACCCUGCUAUAGUUAAUUUUAUUUUCUUUAGUUUUCAUUCUAGUUAUUCUAAUUGCUUUUGGCACACUACUGUUGUUGCAAAUAAUUAAAUAUACCAAUAAAAAUGUUUUGGGUAUCACCAACAAUAAAGUUGCUUGAUAAACAGUUAAUAAUCACUUAAUACAAUUGUUGCUAAGUUGAAGAGGGUGAAACAUCUGUAUAAAUGAAGCUAUUUAAUGUGAUUAUUACUCAAGCAUUUUAUUAAACUUCAUUUUGAGUGGUUCUUUCUUUUAUAACAGUCUGCUUAGUCUUAAUCUGCUGAAGGUUGAGUAAGUUUCUUUUUAUAGUCAAUAUAUCUUUAUCUAUUUUGCCAUCAGAAUAGGUAGUUAACACAGAUUUUCUCAAGCCAGAUUUGAUGUUUAGAUAGCAGAAAUUGGUAAAGACAAUAUUUUUGGGGGCAAGGGAAACUCUUGGAGUGAGUCAAUUCAAGAUUAAUGCAAGUUAGAGACACAGAAAGAAAAAUGCUGGAAAAAUUAAGAGUCAGAAUACACAUGAAAAAUUAGUUCAGUACAAAACCCUCUAAUCAUAACCUACCUUUAAUUAAAGUUUCAAUUUCUUUAAGGAUAUCCUCAUUUUUAGGCUCUGCUAAUUUCUCAUUAAUUUCCAUGAUCUCUGUGAGAAACACUGAGUCUGCAUCACAGUCUGUCUCUUGUGGAGGCUCUACUCCAUUCAGCUCCAGCUGGUGAAGAAAAUAUGAAUUUGGAAAUAAACAUUCUUACAUCUGUUUAAUUUGAAUUGUUUUCCUGAAUAUGAAGUCUUUUAGUAGUGCUCACUCAGAGUUGUAUCUGAUAGACUUCUGUGAAACGCUGACAAACAAAGUCAGUCUUAUAAUCCAAGUAUACCACAAAAACAGGCAGUUAACCAAAGCAAAGGACUGUAAUGAAGGCUGCCAAGGGUCCAACUGAAAUUUCAAAGGUACAGCCAUGGUAAAACACAAUGUGUGAUACAAAAAAUAAAUUAAUGUAACAUAAGCAGCACAUGGG